AUGGCCGACGAUGGUAUGCUGCGUCUUAUGGUCAACCAUCUCAGCGAGUCUGGACGGCCCCCUUCCGACAUUGUGGCAUUUGUUCACACGGUUAUCGAUAAUCGUUUGAGGCCCGCUCUCCAGCCAACAAAGAGUGGCUCGCUUUCGGAUCUCCGUAUUCUAUCUAGGCCGGCUUGGGAAGCUCUCGUUGACAUUCUCGCAGAUGCAUUGCGGGACUGGUACCAAGGAGGUUCCGGAACUGACUCCAAAUGGGCUGAAGAAGUCGUACACCUGCUGCUAUCUACGUCACAAUACCUCCUUCCUACUGUUUCCCCCUCUAUCCGUGCUCUCUUGGAGAGCGAUGCGCAGCUGUGCAUUGUGCUCGACACUGCGGAGCGAACACACGUUGACCCAGAGACGGUCAUCAACUUCCUCUUCCUUGUCAUCAACCAUCGAGCGCAUUCUCUCGAUCCCGACGAUUGCGCCCGUACUCCUCAGCUGCCGCUUAAACUGCACACUUUCUCUGAACCUGCUCUGGCCAGCAUAUGCUCUAUGCUAGCAGGGGCAUUGAGCUCUAACGUUUCCCGUGCGGACUAUCGUUCGAUGCCAGCAUGGGCGUAUAACGCACUUCUGUUGCUCCUUUCGGACUUUCCGCUGCCCAGUGAUCCGGGUCACAUUUCGCGUGCUCUCCUGACUUGCUUGGACGAUGCCGAUUUGUGGUCGGACCAAGCGCGAGAGACCAUGAAGUGUAGAACUGGACGCGAGCUCGCGGAGCGAAUCUAUGGAGAUAGGCCGUUAUAUCCUCUUUCCAUCCGGCUGCUUUGCCCCCUUAACGACAUGAGCCCAUCCACAUCCGCUGGCCCCUCGCAUACAUCAUUUCUCGUGAACGUCCUUCAGUUCUACUCUUCGGUCCUUCUGCGCAAACUCGGUUCAAACUUACCAGAGACGCGCCCGCUCUGGAGUAUUCUGCGCUCCAAUCCGGAGCUGUUCGAGAAUUCAUCCGCCCGUCCGAUUCUCAAUGAUCUCUGGGAUUUUCUUCGCGAGUCUUCACGACUCUAUCUUGAGAAGCUCGCUACGCGCGUUGUGGUCGGAUUUGAGGACGUCUUUCGGGCGACGUUGGAGUUCGGCAUGCGACAUCCAGAUGUCAAAGUGCAAGAGGCGGUGCAGGAGCUGUGGCGGGACGUGGCUCGGAACGGCGAAAGCGACAUCGUCAGGUUCCAUCUCACCCUCCUCACCGCUACGAGGCGUCGUGCACGUCUUGCGGAUUCACUCCAACACCUGGCCGCGCCUGUUGAACUCUUGCAGCCCAUAGCAAGCGAGCUAGAACUUCGUUCUGUUCGUCGCUAUUCUGAAGAUCUAGAAGAGCUCGACCAUGUCAAACUGUGCUCGCUCUGCCUGGAGCUAUACAAGGCAGAACUGACGCUCCGUGGCGAACGUGACGGAGCCCUGGCCCAAGAUCGAACGUCUCUGUGGCUGGAUCUCGCCGGGUGUCUUGACGGAUAUCGCGAGCGGAUACAUUCUGGUGGUUGGCCCAUCCGCAGAGAACAGAAGUACUGGCACGAUCCAACUUGUCCUGCCGAGACGCUUCGCCAGUUGCUAGACCAGGAUCGCAUCUGGGCCGACCAAUGCAUGAAGCUCAUACGAGAACUCGAGGCUGGCAUUUUCAGGGCGGGACAGCCGAAAGCAUCGAUCCCGGAUAAGCUGAAGGCGGCCAUCUCGUAUUUUGCGACCUCCGACAGCGGCCUCGCGAGCUCGAGCACUCUGAUUUGA